ACCACCAGCCCGUCCACCCCUUUCUUUACCGCUGCUCACCACCUCUGCUUCCAUCGGAUGACCCAAUUCUCCUCCCCAUGACAGCUUGCGAAUAAGGAAUCUCCCACCAUCGAUAUAUCGAUCUUCUGCCUAGCUUUUCCUUUAUCACCACUCCUUCAGACCAUUCCUUUUCCGACUGUUAGCUCAUCGUUACUUUUUAAUUCUCAUGACUUCCGUUAUUGAGAUUUCCACCAUGGCUCCAGCCAAGGCCUCUAAGCAGGCUGCCCAUGAUUGGCUUUGGACUUACCAAGAAGAGCCCCACCGAACUCGAAGACACCAGAUAAUUAAGGCCCAUCCUGAGGUUACCAAACUCUGCGGCCCAGAACCUCUGACCAAAUAUGUUGUCCUCUUCGUGGUUUCCCUACAAAUCUUCUGUGCAUUUAUUCUGCAAUCGACCCCGGUAUUCUCGUGCCAGUUCUUUCUUAUGGCCUAUAUUAUCGGAGCAACUGCGAACCAGAAUCUUUUCUUGGCUAUUCAUGAAAUAUCCCACAAUCUCGCUUUCCGCUCAGCUUUUGCCAACAGAAUGAUUGCUAUAUUUGCCAAUCUUCCCAUUGGACUUCCGUACAGUGCAGCUUUUCGCCCAUAUCAUCUGACCCAUCACAAGGCACUUGGUGUUGACGGCCUUGACACUGACCUUCCGACAAAGAUUGAGGCUAUUUUCCUUGAUUCCGUGCUUGGGAAAGCAUUUUUCUGCACUUUUCAGAUUCUUUUCUACGCUCUACGACCUAUGAUGGUGUACCAGCUUCCUUUCACAAAACUACACUUCUUCAAUGUUACCGCUCAGCUUAUUUUUGAUGCCAUCCUUGUCAAGGCUUGUGGUUGGAAUGCUCUUGCGUACCUGAUCAUGAGCAGCUUUUUGGCUGGAAGCUUGCACCCAUGCGCUGGUCAUUUCAUUGCCGAGCAUUACGUUUUUGAAAGACCAAAAGCCUCACCAAAGGAUGCCAUCUCUGAUGGCCCAGCACCCGUGGAGACAUACUCUUACUAUGGUCCGUUGAACUUCUUUACCUACAACGUUGGGCUUCACAACGAGCAUCACGACUUUCCUGCUAUUCCUUGGACUCGUCUUUGGACGCUUCGUGAGGUUGCUAAGGAAUUCUAUGAACCUCUCCCUCGCCACAAUAGUUGGUCCUAUGUUAUUUGGCAGUUCAUCUGGGACAGUGAUGUUUCCUUAUGGUCAAGGGUGAAGAGGGAACAGCAAGUCGGGUCGGGACGCAGGGUCACUGCAGGUUGGACAAAAGAAGAGAUAGAAGAUAUCAAUGGCGCUGUAAAAAACAGAGGGUUAGAGGUUGUUAUAUGA